AUGCCCUCCUAUCUAAUCGUUUAGUUGGGAGACUCUCAUGAAUUAGCUGUCGCAUACUGCUUUCGUGCAUUUUGCACCCAAGAAAUGGACCCACAAUCACAGAGAGUGCUGGAGGACAUCAUUGCUGCCAUUGGUAUUUGGUUAAAUAUUCCUGUAGAAAUGUUGCCCAAAAGUCAAUUAAUCCUCCUAUACCAUCUUCUUGAUUGGUUAUCCAUCAAGGGUUGUCAGGAAGUUGAGAGUAUAUACAAAAUAAUCAUUAGAUUAUUUAAUGUUCAUGAGAAGCAGUGGUUGGGCAUGUUAUGGGGAUCAAGAAGAACUACUCAUGCGUUAUGUGCUUCACCUGUUAAUGAGGCGUUUUUGAAGAUGUUAUCAGAUUAUUAUGGUGAAAUCGCAAACUCAACUAGUUUUUGGCUGGAUCAUCUAAAAGCAUUACAUCAGUCAGGCGGUAUCGUAACAGGCUUUGAACAGUUCUGCAGACAAUCCAACCAAAAUGAUGUAGUUCAAAGUUAUAGCCUCUUGAGGCUAACUGGUAAACAUCGUUCUCGCCAUACCGCUGCAUAUUUGUUAUAUGACUUAUCCGAAAGACUUGUAUGUGGAGAAAGGAAAUGUAAUUGA